AAGGAAUCGAAACGUCAAAAUUUAAAAUUAAAUGUACAUUUAAUUUAAAUUAUAUAAUUCAAGUUUAGUUGUUGUGUUGUUUUUCUAUUAGAAUUGUUUUUAAAAUGGAUGCAUCAAAUGAAGCAAUUAAAAAAGAAAUAGUUGAAACCUUGUCCAAAUUAAAAAAAUCCAAGGAAAAACUAUGCAAAAGUAAAAAAAUCUACGAAAAACUCGAAAAUGUUUAUGAAACCAACAAUAAGUUGGAUAAAGACUGUAAAAUAUAUGAUUCUAGAAGUGAUAAAUUAACGUUGACACAAUCAAAAAGCACUUAUACAAUAAAAUCAAAAUCGUCAACCUCUUCUCUUCAUAAUAAACAAUGUUUUAACAAUUUGCAAAAAAGAAUUGAUAAACUAGAGGAUUAUAUUACUGAAUUGAAUGUGCCUUCGAAAUCAAAAGAAAGAAAUGAUUUUUUUAUGGCCCUGCAAAAUUCCUAAGUUUUGUUAUUUAUAUGUAUGUAUAUUGUUAUUGGUUUAGGAUUGUUAUUUAAAUAUGAAAGGUCAAUUUAUUCUGUAUUGUUAAAAUUAAAUAGAAAUUGCCAUAGCAAUCCAAUAAUUAUUGAUCAAACUUGACAUAGUCAAUCUGACGUUUUAAAAAUGGACAUUCAAUUUUCUUAUCAAAAAAAAAGGGCAGAGUUUGGAAGGCAGUGUUUAUUUUCCGAUAAAGGCCCUGAUUUGAUUGAUAACUAUCCCUCCAAUAGGCAACUUGGCAAGCAAUACAUUUUAAAAGACCCUUUUGAUAGACAUCAACAAUGUGCCCCAAUAUUCGCGGAACACGACAUAAACACCACAAGGGCAGAGUACACUACUGCGUCUAUGAACCACAUUGAGGGUGGAUGGCCAAAAGAUAUAAAUUUGGCCGAUGAAGAGCAACCUAAGAGAUAUAGGAGGAAAAUCGAGAAGGAAGAAAAUUACUUUCACACCAUGAUGGCUUUAUUUAAAAAUGUGGAAAACUGCAUUCUUCAAAACAAUUCGGUAAACAUCUACCAGCAAUAUUUUUCUGAUGUAGAGCCUACACCUUUGAUAGAAAGAAGUUCAGCAAGAACUUUAAAUGUUUAUCAGGACCAAUACACGCCCACUAGACCUGUUACGCACAUUUCUUGGUCACCAGAUGGACAAACUAAGCUGGCUGUGAGUUAUGCCAACUUAUUAUUUCAAGCUGAAGUGCCCAAUGAGCUUAAACAUUCGUUUAUUUGGGAUGUAGAAAAUCCCAACAGGCCUCUUAUGGUUUUGAAACCUGACCACUCAGCUGUUUGUAUGGAGUAUCACCAAAAAGAUCCCAACACUUUGGUGAGCGGUCAUAAAAACGGCGUGGUCAGUCUUUGGGACAUUAGGAAAGGCCUGGAACCCGUCGACUCGACCAUUGUCGAAAUGAGUUUUAGAGAUCCAGUGUACAGCGUUCUAUGGAUGAACUCCAAAUCUGGAUGCGAGUUUUUCAGUGGGUCCACAGAUGGAACAGUUAAAUGGUGGGACACUAGAAACUUAUCAGAACCCACAGACACUUUAAUCCUAGACUACGCCAGAGAAGAAGAUCAAGACUUGGCGAAAGCUUACGGAUGUUCUUGCCUGGAAUACGAGCCCACGAUCCCGACGCGGUUCAGCGUCGGCACGGAGCAAGGCGUCACGAUAUCGUGCAAUCGCAAAGGCAAAUCGGCCGUGGAAAAGAUGUCGGCGCGCUUCCAGGCGCAUCUGGGUCCCGUGUGGACCAUGCAAAGGAACCCGGGUUUCGUCAAGAACUUCCUCACCAUCGGCGACUGGACGGCCAAAGUUUGGUCGGAGGAUUGCAAGGAGAGCGCCAUCAUCUGGACGAACUACCACAUGGCCAGGCUCACUGAUGGCGCUUGGAGUCCCACAAGGUUUUCUGUUUUUUUCACCACGAGAAGCGAUGGAGUUUUGGAUGUUUGGGAUCUUUUGCAGCAGCAAGACGAGGCCGUGUUAAGUGUGAAAAUAUGCGAUGAAGAAUUAAAAACACUUCGACCUCAUGAUAGCGGCAGAAUGGUGGCGGUCGGCAAUCAAAAAGGAACCACUUAUUUGGUGCAGUUUAGCGAGAAUAUAUCCAUGAACAAUAAGAACGACAAGGCUUUACUCACUGCGAUGUUUGAGCGUGAAAACCGCAGAGAGAAGAUCCUGGAGGCCAGGUUCCGCGAGCUCCGUCUGAAACAAAAGAAGAGCGAGAUGCGCAUGGACGCAUCGGAAGCGCAACUGGCCGAAGAUCCUUCGGAAUUCGUCGACAAGUACGUCACGCAAGCCGAAGCGGAAUUCAAAAUGAUUAUCGACAGAGAAACGAAACCGCCGGAAGAAGAAGAGGAGGAGGAGGAGGAGGAAGAAGAUGAAUUCGAAGAUGAACCAGAGCCGCCGCCGCCGCCGCCGCCACCACCGGAAUCCGAGGAGAAAAAGGAGAAAAAAGAUAAAAAAGGGAAGAAAGGCAAAAAGAAGAAAUAAAAUUAAAGCUUUGAUUUAUAUGUAUGUGUUAAAUAAAAGGAUUUUAAUUGCUUUAUAAUUUUAUCUCUAAUUAUUUAAAUCACAAUAAAUAAACUUCUAAAUGGAGUCGCAAAAUCUAACUAUAGUUAUAUAUGGGUCAUUCCAUAUCAAAUCACCAAAUUUUAAAAUUUGUAUUUUUUGAUUCAGUUAAAUUUUUGAUAUGUUUUUGUACGUAUCAAAAGACGCACAACUCUAAAUUUUGACCCCUAAUUUUCAAGAUAUGAAUUUUUGAAAAUCGCAAAAAAAUUACGAUACGGCUUAAAUUAUCUUAACC